AUGGCUGUCGUGACUGUAAGACGUUGGUUGAGUUUAUUGAUAUUAUGUCUAUUACAAAUUGUUAGUUCGCAAAGUGAUUAUGAGAUUCCUAAAGUGACGAUCGAGGCGAUUAAGCCGAAAGGAUUUAGGGUAUUCAUAAAAGAUACACCAAAGUUAAGCCUAUUCGCUUUUCAAGGAAGAAUAAAUAAAGCUAUAACACAAACUGAUGUUGGCGAUAUUUCUGGAGAAGUGACUGCUGCAACUAAUGGCAAGUGGAUCUACGAAGAUCCUAAUAUACAGUUAAAGGUCGGUGACGUCAUUUAUUACUACGUUUUCGCUGUAUACGACCGGAAAGGAUAUUUAAAGGAUAAUCUUAGCUUUACAGUAACAGAACUAGUUGAUGUCAAUAGCCAAGCGCCAGUGCAAACGGACUGUAGACCUACUGCCACUGUGGUGCGCAUCGGAACCGCAUGCGCUGGUCAGACAAUAUUUGAAGACAAUUUUGACAGCCUUCGCGAAGACUUGUGGCAAAUUGAACAAUAUAUACCUGAUCAACCUGAAUAUCCAUUUGUAUCCUAUCAGCGACCUCCAAAUGCUCAAACGGUGUCAGUAGAGAAUGGUUAUUUGCGUAUUGAGCCAAAACUGCAACAAGAACAGCCCGGCUUCAACAAUGAGUCAUUGUAUUCGGGCACUUUAAAUCUGUUUAGUGGGUGUACCAGGACGGCAGAAGCUUGUAGAGUUAGAGCAUGGGGCGCCAGUAUUCUGCCACCAGUCGUAAGUGGUCGGAUCACCAGCAAAACCUUUGCCUUUACUUAUGGCGUUGUUGAAGUAAGAGCCAAACUACCACUAGGAGAUUGGCUUUAUCCAGAAAUUCUUCUAGAAUCUCAACUCAAAAAGUACGGAACCCUGAACUAUGCAUCGGGUGUUAUAAGGAUAGCGGGCGCGCUCGGCAAUCGGGAACUCAGACUUGGAUCUAACGAAUAUGGAAAUAAGGUUUUGUAUGGUGGUCCUAUUAUGGAUUUACGAUGUAGAGACAUUCUCACUGGCAGAAAGGAAAUAAUUAAUAAUCAACUUUGGGGUGAUGAUUUUCACACAUAUUCAGUACGCUGGGCACCAGAUAGAAUAACCUUCACAGUUGACGGCGAGGAAUGGUUCAGGGUUGAUCCGUCGGCGAGUGGUCUUCAGGGACGGUUCAAUAAUUUUUGCGAGAUACCUCGUUCGUUGCUUUCUCUAGGCAGUUCUAUAGCACCGUUUGAUGACCAUUUCCAAAUAACUAUUGGCGUUGCAGCGGGCGGCAUUACCGAAUUCACAGAUAACGUCAUAAACGGUGACGGAAGGCCAAAACCAUGGAGCAAUCGAAACCGGAAAGCGAGUCUUAACUUCUGGAAAGAUUUACCCGCUUGGAUACCAACGUGGCAACAACCAGCACUAGUCAUAGAUUAUAUCAAAGUUAAAGCGUUAUGA